GUCAUUUCCAGUCCCGCCCCCUCCGGCCCCGCCUCCCCCUGGUAUUUUCGGGACUUUCCUAAGCUGUUCUAACUUUCCUGCCCCUUACCCGGCCUAGCCCAGCCCAGCUCCCGAUUCGCCCUCCACCGGAUCUCCCCCGCCACACCCGGACGGGUGGCUGGAGGAGAUCCGACCCUCCCCCUAAUCUGGGACCCCCUCUCCCCGCACUCCGGUCCCGAUCUGUCUCUCACUCCCCCCGCCACUCCUCCUAACCUAAGGCGGGCGCCUGAAACUCUGGGAAACCGAAUCCGGCCGGAGCCACCAGACAGAACCGGGCCUAGCCCAGAGACAUGGAGAGCUGCUACGACCCAGGUCUGGAUGGCAUCAUUGAAUAUGAUGAUUUCAAAUUCAACCCUUCCAUUAUGGAGCCCAAGGAGCCUGCCCCAGAGACAGCUGAUGGCCCCUACCUGGUGAUCGUGGAACAGCCUAAGCAGCGAGGCUUCCGAUUUCGAUAUGGCUGUGAAGGCCCCUCCCAUGGAGGGCUGCCAGGUGCCUCCAGUGAGAAGGGCCGGAAGACUUAUCCCACUGUCAAGAUCUGUAACUACGAGGGACCAGCCAAGAUCGAGGUGGACCUGGUAACACACAGUGACCCGCCUCGUGCCCAUGCCCACAGCCUGGUGGGCAAGCAAUGCUCGGAACUGGGGGUCUGCGCUGUGUCUGUGGGGCCCAAGGACAUGACUGCCCAAUUUAACAACCUGGGUGUCCUGCAUGUGACCAAGAAGAACAUGAUGGAGAUUAUGAUACAAAAACUUCAAAGGCAGAGACUCCGCUCCAGGCCCCAGGGCCUUACCGAGGCUGAGCGGCGGGAGCUGGAGCAGGAGGCCAAGGAGCUGAAGAAGGUGAUGGAUCUGAGCAUUGUGCGACUGCGCUUUUCCGCCUUCCUGCGAGCCAGCGAUGGCUCCUUCUCACUGCCCCUAAAGCCUGUUAUCUCCCAGCCCAUCCACGACAGUAAGUCUCCUGGGGCCUCAAAUCUGAAGAUUUCUCGAAUGGACAAGACAGCUGGCUCCGUGCGGGGUGGAGAUGAGGUUUAUCUGCUUUGUGACAAGGUGCAGAAAGAUGACAUUGAGGUCCGGUUCUACGAAGAUGAUGAGAAUGGAUGGCAGGCCUUUGGGGACUUCUCUCCCACAGAUGUUCAUAAACAGUAUGCCAUUGUGUUCCGGACGCCUCCCUAUCACAAGAUGAAGAUUGAGCGUCCGGUAACUGUGUUCCUGCAACUGAAACGCAAGCGUGGGGGAGAUGUCUCUGACUCCAAACAGUUCACCUAUUACCCUCUGGUGGAAGACAAGGAGGAGGUGCAGCGGAAGCGGAGGAAAGCCUUGCCCACCUUCUCCCAGCCUUUUGGGGGUGGCUCCCACAUGGGUGGAGGCUCUGGGGGCUCGGCAGGGGGUUAUGGAGGAGCCGGAGGAGGUGGCAGCCUCGGCUUUUUCUCUUCCUCCUUGGCCUACAGUCCCUACCAGUCCGGUGCAGCCCCAAUGGGCUGCUACCCGGGGGGCGGGGGCGGGGCGCAGAUGGCCGAUGGGGCACCUAGCGGGGAUGCUCGGGAGGGAGCAGCAGAACCGAGCGCGCCCCCCGAGGACCCCCACCGCAAACCGCAAGCUCAGGAGCUGCUGCAGUAUUUACCUCAAAAGGUGCUCAGGAAGGAUUCCGUUCAGAGGAUACUCCAACUGCCUGGGCUUGCUAAACUGAAGUCUCGAUCCCCAACCCCCAGGCCGCUGCAUCUGGCCAUUAUUCACGGGCAGACCAGUGUCAUCGAGCAGAUAGCCCAUGUCAUCUAUCAUGCUCGGCACCUCGGGGUGGUCAACAUCACCAACCACCUGCACCAGACACCCUUACACCUGGCGGUGAUCACCGGGCAGACCAACGUGGUGAGCUUCCUGCUGCAGGUGGGCGCAGACCCGACACUGCUUGAUCGGCAUGGAGACUCAGCGGUGCACCUGGCACUGAGGGCAGGUGCCAGUGCCCCUGACCUGCUGGGUGCGCUGCUGCGGAGUGGGGUUCCCGCCGUGCCCCAACUGUUGCACAUGCCAGACUUCGAGGGGCUGUACCCAGUACACCUGGCAGUCCAUGCCCGAAGCCCCGAGUGCCUGGAUCUGCUGGUGGACAACGGGGCUGAAGUGGAGGCUGCAGAGCGGCAGGGGGGCCGAACAGCUCUUCACCUGGCCACAGAGAUGGAGGAGCUGGGGUUGGUCACCCAUCUCGUCACCAAGCUCCAUGCCAAUGUGAACGCACGCACUUUUGCGGGAAACACACCCCUACACCUGGCAGCUGGACUGGGAUCCCCAACACUCACCCGCCUCCUUCUAAAGGCUGGUGCUGACAUCCAUGCAGAGAACGAGGAGCCCCUGUGCCCACUGCCUUCGCCUCCCACCUCUGGUAGUGACUCAGAUUCUGAGGAGCCUGAGAGGGACACCCAAAGCAGCUUCCGUGGCCACACACCUAUUGACCUCACUCGCAGCACCAAGGUGAAGACCUUGCUGCUAAAUGCUGCUCAGGACACCAUGGCGCUGCCUCUGACCCCACCCAGCCCCGCAGGGCCAGAGCUGCCACUCGAGGAUACAGUCCUGCAGAACUUGGAGCAUCUGCUAGAUGGGCCAGGGGCUCAGGGCAGCUGGGCAGAGCUGGCAGAACGGCUGGGGCUGCGCAGUCUGGUGGACACGUAUCGAAAGACAGCCUCGCCCAGUGGCAGCCUCCUUCGCAGUUACAAGCUGGCUGGUGGGGACUUAACAGGCCUCCUGGAAGCUCUGUCUGACAUGGGCCUAGACGAGGGAGUGAGACUGCUAAGGGGUCCCGAGGCCCAAGACAAAUUGCCCAGCACAGAAGUGAAAGAGGACAGUGCAUACGGAAGCCAAUCAGUGGAGCAGGAGGCCGAGCAGCUAGGCCCAUCCCCUGAGCCACCAGGAGGGCUCUGCCACGGGCACCCGCAGCCUCAGGUGCACUGAACUGCUGUCCAUUUGCCUGCCCCCUUCCUGGGCCCCUCUGUACAGCAUCCCCACCUAUUCUAGUCCUUAUUUAACACCCCAUGCCCACCCCUCAGUUGGGGUAAAUAAAGGAUUCUCAUGGGAAAGGGAGGGGGCCUGGCCCCGUCCCUAAGUUAUAGCCA